CAUUCAAUGCUCGCUGAAUCCUUUCCUGCUUCAUUAUCCGCCAUUGAAGCAUAUUUGAAAGCAGGAAAGCUUUGAAAAUGGUUGCAUUCGUCGCUCCCGCGCCGAUUCCAGCUCUCAACUGCUUCAACCGCUGCUCGAUUCGUCAACAGGUUUCACUGUUUCUGCAUGCCAAGACUGCUUUCUUUUGGAUUGGAGAGGUCAAGUCAAUUUACUCAUCGAGCAGAAUAAAAUUAAACAGAAGGAGAACUUUGAUCUGUGCAGUCAGUCAAGAUGCUGAAGAAGCAUUCAAAAAGACAGUAGAAGUCGAUAGGCUCAUAGAUAUGCUGAGGCAUGCGACUCCACAUGAACUUGGGAAACUUGUUGCUGAAAACAUCCUUGCUUUCAAUGAGGGUUUCUGGAUACGACUGGCUGCUAGAACUGAUACAUGCAAGUCAGAGGACGAUAAAAAAGAUUAUGAGGAGUUAGCUGUCUCUGUGAUGAGCAUAGUGGACCGCCUCGUCCAUAAGACAAAUGAAAAGAUAGAAUCAUCUACUGAUGUUCUCAAGGGAAUACUAAAGCCUGUUGUUGAUGAAGAGGAAGAGAUUCAUUGGCCACCCAGAGGUCCAAAGGCUCUUAAAACAAUGGAGAAAGAAAUAACUCAAAGGGAGCAAGAAGGGCAAUUGGAUGAAGGUUUCCUUUCAGAGGUUAAUGCACAGCUGAGACAAGCCAAAGAAGAUAAGGAUAAACCCGGGCUUGUGGCCAUGCUACAGAAAGUUCUACAACUCUAUGCCUCCAGAGUUCUCUCAAAGCGCAGUUAUGCAAAGAAAGGCAAUGAAGUAUUGAAGGCUGAGCAGUUCCUUGAGCACAUAAUCAAAGCUCCAGAAGAUGAUUGGAAUAAGCUGUUAAUUGACGGGAUGACUGUCGGUAAAGGUGAAGUUUCACCAGACGAACUGUACGCUGUUAUAAAGAAACGGAUUGAGCGGACUCUGAUUCGUACAGAGGGAGGCUCUUACCAGCAAAGGGUCCUUACCGAGUAUCUGAAGGGCAUCCAGUCAAGAGCAGAGGAGAUUGUACAAGUUCUGCAGGGAACACCCGAAUAAGAUUUACCAAUGGGAGAAGAGAAGUUCCAUUUUCUGUUGAACAGUGGAAUGUAGAAAAGAUAGCUCUGGUAUGGAAUUUCUCUUGAUUCUUUUCUGUUUGUAUUAUCUUUCCUCUCCAAUUGUGCUUGUAUAGUGGGUUCAAGCUUGGUAAACUAAUCUAAAAUUAUUUGUUACAGUGGAAAUUGAGAUCGAUGAUACUUGUGUCGAGAACUGGCUAGUAUAUCCCCCAUAUAUAGCUCUUUCUCUUAUCCUUUUGCCUGAGGUUUGUUCUUGUAAAUAUCUGCUCUUGCAAGCCAUAAUAAUAAGUAUGAGUUCUGUCACAUUCCUUCAAAUUCUCUUUUACACAGUCGAUCUGAUGUCAGUAAACUGUAGGAUUGCAGUUUCCUGAAAUUGUACCAAAGUAUAAAAAUGCUAAUAUCUCGAGAUUAACAUACUACAGAUUGUGGUCAUAUUCUACAUACUGUCAUAUGUUUUAUACUUUUGGAGGAUUUAUGCAUGACAAAGAGCGAGGAUUGGUUGCUG